AUAGUACAAUACAUAUUAUGCUUGCUCGCCACUGUGCUCGACGGCGAAUAGACCGUCCUCAACAUCGUUGCUGCGCCUUCACAAUGGCUCUCUGGGAGUGCCCCAGUCAUGGGUAGAGCUAUGCUGUUAUCGCACCGUGGAUCAUGCUCGCCUCGUGUUUCCUUGCCUCGUGUUCUCCGAGCCACAUACGGAGAAUAUUGAGAUCUGUCAAGUAGCUUCACUCUUCGUAUCUAUACCACACCCUCUUCACGUUCUCCCGUCAUGCUUCACUCUCCAGCUGGUUCCAACGCCAGUCUCCCUUUCUGGUCCCGCCUUAGAACACCAAAGGGCAAGGAGGCCAAGAUACAACAGCCUCAGCCAAUGGCCGUCUCUCCGCCUCGCCUCCUCACAUUGGCCUUCGCCGACAUGGAGACCAUUCGCAUGCUCCCUGAUAGUUUCGCUGAAUUGGAAGCAGUGGCUAGGGACUGGAUCAAGCCACCUCCAGACGCCAUAUUCAGUUUGCGGGUCCCCGUCCAAUACAUUUCUUGGGAGGCUUCACGUCUUGUGUCAAGCGACUACCUCUAUCUCACCGGAGAAGAUUCCUACCAAAUCGCUAUUCAAGGUGUCCGUGGUUUCAAGGUGGAGAUUGUAAGCGAUGGACCUCCUCCCCCAGAUGAUCCCCCCCCGCCGCCCCCUCCCCCCGUCUUAGAAAUGACUGGCACAUUCAACCUGGAGUUGAUGCCAGGGCAGACGGUAGCGCUCGACACUCUCAUCUCCUCUGACGAACUGGACAUGUCCCGAAUGGAAGAUGGAACAACCGUUGACGGUAUGUUUUGGGGCAAAUUGGAUGUCAUUCACGACGGCGAUACGCACAAGAUGGAGUUCACUGGCACCCGUAUCGUUGAUGAUGUUCCCCCAGAACUCCUCGUGGAUUCUCGUAUUAUCCAAAAGCUCUCGGUGGCUUCCAAGCCCGCGACAGCCAAGUGCCACUUGAGUAUUCUUGCACCUGCUCAGCAGUACUGUGAUGUCGUGCUGUCAUUUUCCCCGCUAUGGAAGUUAAGGAUUUCAUUACCUCCUGCCGAAGACGUCGGCCCAAACAAAGUCAAAUAUUUCGUACGGGUGCAUCCUGGUGGUGCCCUUGAACAUUUCGAGUCCUUGAUGACCACGACGGCUUUGUAUUACGAAGCAGUUCCUGACCCUGGGAUGCUCGAUCCCCACGAUUUCGUCGCACCGAGAAACAGCUUCGCGAUGUCCUACCGAGAUUUUGUGUUGCACCUCAUGACCGUCCUUGAUACGUUGGGGAUGUCACUUCAUGCACGAACCAACUUUAUCAAGUCAACAACCUGACUGCAUUCGCAACACACAAGAACAUCGCCUAUAGGUUUAUGACACCUAGCAAAAUCGCAGCUGCCAUCGAUAUUUCUGUGACUGCUGAAAACUGCAUCUUUACUCGCUUGUUCAUGAUGUUCCGAGGCGUUCCGGACGAGGAGAUGGCUGAUUUCGCUGGCGCUGGGGAGAAAGAGGCCAUUCAGUUCAACUGGAGGGAACACAUUGGAUGGUCUGAAAUGUCCAAGGAUCCUACUCAGUUCAGAGUGUUGGAGACCUCCAUUUUGGAACUCUUCUAAUGCUACUCUUUCUUUCUUAUCUCUUUCUCUCUGCAUCUCUCGUCAACUCUUUGUUCUUUUCGACUCAAAUUAUUUCUUUCUUAUACUUCAUCAUACCCUACGGACUGGUUUCCCCUUAGUUCAUUCUCUAGUUUUCUCUUUGAUUGGCGUUCGUUCAUACAUCUCAAUCCACUCUGGUCGAUUCCCUGUAGUCCUAGUACCCUCAUCAUCAUAAUACGCCACGCCACGGUCGCGUCGUUUCCUUUGAUGUCCACUCUUGUAGCCUUUCCCCUCUGCUUCCUCACUGUUCUCUUGCCACUCGCUUUGACCGUUGUAAACUGUGUUUGCUCAUGAUUACUCGCCCCUAUCCUGACUUCUGCUCUCGCUGCUGCUCCUGCUUUACUAAUAAUUAGUAGCCUACAGUCGCGCUUGAAUAUGACAUCUCCAUGGAGGUCCUGCUGCUAGCUCUUUGAACUCUCAAGCUUGGAGUAACCUAUCCGAUAAAAACGGACAAAUGGGUUUAACACUACUAUGAUGUUACAUGAUUUCUAUCAAAGGUGCUGAGCGGCCAAUAUACUUAUAAUGGCCCU